AUGGCGGUCAAGCGUUUUGAGUCUUUGGAGAGGAAGCUAUUGGCCAAUCCACAGUUGCAGACGCUGUACAAGGAAUUUAUGGACGAGUAUUUAGCAUUGGGCCAUAUGUCUAUCGCGCCCACACCAGGUCAUUACUUUGUCCCUCAUCAUGCAAUUUACAAGGCAGAUGAUGGUGACGCCAAGAUCCGUGUGGUGUUUGACGCAUCUGCACGAUGUUCAACCGGACCGUCGUUAAACAGCUGUCUGCUUCCAGGGAAGAAGCUACAGCAGGACAUAAUUGAUGUCUUAACGCGAUUCCGCAUACAUCAACAUGCAUUCACGGCGGACAUCUGCAAGAUGUAUCGUCAAAUCCAGGUGCUACCAGAGUACCGCAA